AUGAUGAUAAACUCCACACAGGUUUCAUAUUUCACACUCGCUGCCUACUUUGACACGGGGCUGUUUAAAUAUAUAUAUCUGAUGAUUGUUAUGUUGUUAUAUCUUUUAAUCCUUUGUGCCAAUGUGUUGCUGAUUGUGGUCAUCUGUAUGAACAGAAGCUUACAUGAGCCUAUGUACCUGUUUCUGUGCAGCCUGUUUGUAAAUGAACUGUAUGGUAGCACAGCAUUAUUUCCAUCCCUCCUGUUUCAGAUUCUCUCUGACGUUCACACUGUUUCGGCUUCGUUUUGCUUCCUGCAGAUUUUCUGUGUUUAUUCAUAUGGAAGUGUAGAGUUUUUAAACUUAGCCGUCAUGUCUUACGACAGAUACCUGGCUAUCUGUCACCCUCUGCAGUAUAACACACGAAUGACGUCUAACAAAGUGGCCAUCCUCAUUGCUGCAAUAUGGUUGCCGCCAAUUCUUGUGAAUUUUUUUACUCUGCCUUUGAUUGUCCCUUUGCAGCUGUGUGGGAACGUCAUCAACAAGGUUUACUGCGACAACUACUCUGUUGUGAAACUGGCCUGUUUGGACACCACAGUCAACAACAUCUAUGGACUCUGUGUUAGCGCCCUCUCAGUCUUUGGUCCUUUAAUUUUAAUCCUUUACACCUACAUGAGGAUCCUCAAAGUGUGUUUCUCAGGCUCCAAACAGACCAGACAGAAAGCUGUCAGUACCUGCACACCUCACCUCGCUUCCCUGCUCAACUUCUCUUUUGGGGCCAGCUUUGAAAUAUUGCAGAGCAGGUUCAACAUGAAUGCUGUGCCUAACAUGCUGCGCAUUUUUUUAUCGUUGUACUUUCUUACAUGUCCCCCGAUCUUCAAUCCUUUGAUGUAUGGACUGAAACUGUCUAAAAUCCGAGUCACAUGUAAAAGCCUGAUAUCAAAUCAGCAGCUGUAG